UGCCUAAACAUCUGUAGACUUUUUCAGUUCAUGAAAAGCAAAAGUUCCCAUACGAGUCUUCUCCAAAGGUAAUCCCGUAUUUAUGUUGAUUGUUUACAUAAAGUUUUCUAUUUCUGCCAUUAGUUUUUUGAAGGGCAGCGCAUUUUGUGCGUCACUAGAAAUUCUUCAGUCUUCUGCUUCCAAAUUCUCCAAAGGGUUAUUGCUACGUGCACACUGUCAUUUAUUCGGCUAACAAAAGGCAAGAUCAGAAGCUUAAAAUACCUUCAGAAUGAAAACUGGUUGGUAUAUUUGUGUAAAUCUAAUGGUUGAGACACAAUCUCCUCUGAGCCAUUUGUCCCAGGGGUGAGUAGAAUGUGCUUCCUUGAGUGCACGAGUCCAACCCUUCACGUUCAGCGCUCAUGGUGCUUUGCUGGCAGGGGACACCUGGUGUACCAAAGCUGCUUUGCUGCCGGGGGACACCUGGUGUACCGGAGCUGGGGCAGGGCUGUGCCCCUGAGCCUGACUCUCUGGCCGCAGUGCCAGCUGCCAGCUGGGCCCUGCAUAAUACCUGUGUAUCAGAGCUGUUACUUAACCACUUCAGAACACACGUGUAGAUAAUAACAUUGUCCUUUAAAAACUGUGUGAAGGAUGGAAAUAAUGAAGGAAAUGGUGUCUGCCAGUGGCUGCGUGGCCCGGGCAUCCCGUUGCUCCCUGCCCCAGGCCUGGCUGCCUGCAUCCGUCCGCCUGCCUUUACUGAGGAGUGUUUUCUAAGUGCUUACAUUUCUUUUUUUAUUUCUUUUUUUUUUUAAUUGAUGAUUUCUGAACAAAUGUUAAUACAAACUGUAUAAAAAUGAACAUAAUUUUCUUCACACUUGUAUUUUUGUUAUUGAGCAAGUUUAUCAAAAUAAAUUGUCUACUAAAACCCCCCCGCCGUGCCUGCGCUGACUGACCGGGGGCGGCCGCGCUGCCGGGGGCCGUGCCUUCCUCACCGCCCUCUGGCGGCGGGAAGCGGCGCUGCUCCGUCUCCAUCGGCAACGCCGUAACACAGCGCGGUCGGCUGGGGGAGGGGCGGGAGGCGCCUCGAGCUGGCGGUGGUGAGGGUGGGUCCGGGGGUUCUCUCUGCGGCGUGGCAGUCCCCCAGGCUGUCUGGACGUGAGGAGGAAUAGGGGCUGGAGAGCCGUUUCCCGCUGAGGGUGACUGCCAAAUCCAGUGCACAAGGUGACCGUCCACUACUUUGAAUUGACUGUCUGAUCUAGAACCAGAUAGUGGAUUGCUGGUAACGUGCUAAUGAGACCUGGUGACAAUACAAAUGAAGAAAAUACAGUCUAAAAAGGUGCAAACCACAGAAGAAUGGCUAAGAAACUACAGUUUAGAAUCCUUGCAAUUAACAUUAGAGCAUCUGGUGAAUGAAGGCAAUAUUAUUUUGGAUUCAAGAAGUGGUGUUGAAGAGAGAGAGUUGACAGAAGAGACUGUUACCAAUUUUGAGGCCAGAAUUUCUGAGGUGAUUGAGCUUUAUCAGCAACGAAUUCAGUGGCUGUUGAAGGACAGCAGAAAGGUGUUUGGCCUUGUGAUAGGAACCAAAGUUGGACUUGUGGUUGAUGUGUCUGAUCUGAGUGACAGACCUAGACUAGAGGGUUUUCAGAAGGAUCUUUUGUUCUUCAUAGAUGAACAGCUAUGCUACAAGAAGCAAUUGUACUGCCUCUCAUUCGGUACAGAAAUUUCACCUCUGUGGGAGAGUCCAAAAAACGUUGGUGUUCAUGUACUAGGUGAAGCAAGGCAGUGGGUACAGCAGCUGGCUCCUGCAGGAGGCUGCAAUUUGCUGAAAGCCUUAAAACAUGUCCUUACAAUGAAGGAGCUGAAUUCUCUGGUAAUUAUAAUACGAAGCUGCCCUGAUCAGUCUUUGGAAAUACUGGCAGACUAUGUUCAGCAGUGCAUGCUAGGGAGGAAACUUCUGGUUCAUGCUGUUACAUAUGAUUGUGGCAGUCCUGCUGCUAUUGCAACUGUAAAAACCCUUGCAGAAGUUAUCAGUGGCCGUUAUCAUUGCUACUCUUCAAAGGGAGAGAAUUCUGAUAGUAGUGAUGUUAAUCUGCUACUUCAGGAAUCCCAGAAGGCUAAGGAUUUACUCAAGAGUAUCAAGCAGACUUUUCAAAGGCGUGUUGAUGGCUCACUAAUUAGUGGAAUAGCAGAUGUAGGUGUUUCCACAGAAGUUGCAAAUACAGCAAUUCCUUGCUUCCUACCAAAGCCUCCAAUGCACGAAGGACCAUUAAUUAUUCAAACACCAUGCUUCCUGGCCAGAGCUUCAGCAGACUGGUUAAAGACAAAUGGAUUGCAAGCUAAGAAGUUAAACCUUUAUCAAGUUUUGGCUCCCAAUGCUUUUUCUCCUGUGGAAGAAUUUGUACCUAUUCUUCAAAAAACAGUGACAUCAACUCUACAUGAGAAAGCUAUGAUGCAGUUUGAAUGGCAUGAUGGAACUGUGAAAAAUGUCCAUGUUGACCUGCCAAUGUUAUACAAGUAUCAGAAACUCCUUGCUAAAAUGGUAAGAAUCUAUGGGAAACGAAUUAACUGGCUGUCUGUUGCUAGCAGAAGAAUUUGGGGAAGCGUUUGUGAGAGGAGGGUGGUUAUACUUGUUGAUAUGUCAGUGGCAAACUCUAUGUGCAUCAUCCGUAUCCAACAUUCUUUGAGACUUUUACUUGAGGAACAAAUGGCAAAUAAGGAUUGCUUCAAUAUUAUAGCAUUUGGGAGUGUCGUUGUGCCUUGGCAGCUGGAACUGGUUCCUUCCCAGCCAGAAAACUUACAAAAAGCUUGGAGGUGGGUAUUGAGCUUGCAGUGCAGUGGGAGUAGGAAUUUCAUGAGUGCUCUCAGAAGAGCUGUGGAAGUAGACUUCAAAGAAAAGGAUAAGCACAAAUCACAAGGGCUUUACCUGCUGACUACUGGAAUACCUGAUCAGGAAACACACAUAAUCAGUGCCUAUGUGGCUGAGGCUUGCAGAGGCUUUGAUUUGCGGCUUCAUGUCUGUCUGUUCAGCGUAAUGGAGGAUGCUGACUCCAGUGGGGUUAUUCCAGCCCGCUAUGCUAACCCAACUGAAACUGCCAUUGCUUUUAAAGAAAUAGUACAGGCUGCCAAUGGGAGAUUUCAUUGGUUUGGAGAAGCAGUAUGUUUAUCAGGUAUUUUUGAAAGCGAUGAUAUCACUGUUAUUGUAUCUGAAAUGGAAAGAGCAAAGAACUACUCCCAAAAGUGUGCAUUCUUAGUGGAAUCCUUAAAGCAACGUUCGGGAAAUCAGCCUGCUAAUCCAUUUAUACCAGAAGCAGGCUCAAAUGUGGAUAUCACAAAACAGAAGAGGUCACAGAAGUUGCCAUCUCCAAAACCUACAGCUCUGAGUCUGGCUAGAAUGCAUAUUAAAGACAGUCACAGCGCAGAGAAAAACACCUCCAUAAGGGUAGUGGUGUGGCGUCCUACUAGUGCAAAAGCAGAAAUUCCACCAGUACAAACAAUAAAGCAAAGUCCUCAGGCUGAGAAUAGGAGAAAAUGUAAAUCAAGGAAACAGCCAGAGUGUUCUGUGUCAGUAUUUUACACUGAGGAAGGAAGAAAUGUGGGUACAGUAUACCGAAAUUAUCCAAAGACGGUUUGCAUAAGAAGGCAUGUCCCCUCUGUCAGAUUGCCAAAAAAAGAGGAAAUCUGUUCAAGCAAAGAGUGGCUGACCAAGUACAGUAUUAAAAAGCUUAAACUGGAAUUGCCCAGACUGAUGUUUGGUCCAGGCUGCACUCACCAAAAGAAAAUUGUGGAGUCUCUGCACAAGGAAGUAUCGGCAAAAUACUGCACUAUCUUCCCUAGUGUGGAAGUCAAUGGGGUUGUGAGACAUCUGCAGGUUCAACCUAAAGAACUGGAAAUCUACAUUGAACAAAUAGAGAAGGUGUUGCUACGCUAUCUACAGAGAAUACAGUGGCUUCUGUCAGGAAGUCGAAGACUGUUUGGUACCAUUUUAGAAGCAAAUGUCUGUGUUUUGAUUGAUACAUCUGGUUCCAUGGACCCAUAUUUGCCACAUAUCACAAAGGAACUUACCUCCCUUAUUUGGGAACAGCUGAGAAAAAAUGAAGUCAGGUUUAACCUGCUGAGAUUUGCAGAAAAUACAGAGAGUUGGAGGGAGCAUCUUGUAGAGGCAACUGAUAAAACAUGUCACGAUGCUGUGCAGUGGGUGUCCAAAUUCCACGCUCAUGGUAGUACACGUAUCCUUACGGCUUUACAGAAAGCUCUCGGUUUCCAAGAUGUAGAGGCAUUGUACAUAUUGACUGAUGGAAAACCAGAUACCAGUUGUAAUCUGAUUUUGAAAGAAAUUGGAAGAUUGAGAAAGCAACAAGAUAUUAAAGUCCACACCAUUUCUUUUAGCUGUGUAGACAGAGAAGCAAAUGAAUUUCUGAAGAAGCUUUCCUCCCAAACAGGAGGGCGCUACCACUGCAGCUUUGGAGAUGUGGACGGACAAUUAGCAGCGCACCGAAUGCUGACGGAAGGAUUCGAUGAUGAAGAUGACCCAGUUUUCCCAUACUUUGAAGGAGAUGAUUUAAAGAAACUUACUGAAGAAGUAGCAAAAGCUAGAGGGUUUUUAAAGCAGGCAAAAUCUUUGAGGCUAUUACUACAAAAAUGGAAUAUAAACCAAAAGGACAAUUCUACCUUUAAAAACGGUGCUCAGGAUUAAAAUUUAGGCCAACAAAGGAUGCUGAAGAUGUUUGGAGUGGUACCACUAGCCUACUUCUCUUCAUUGCGUACUUAAAGCUUCCAGCUUCAAGUAGAUAGAGAGAAGGGUGUACUCGUCUUUUUUUUUCUCUAAGCUUAUUGCAGAGGAGAGCUUACAGAUGAUAAGCGAUGCUGGCUUAGUCCAUUCACAGCUGUUGCAGAACUCAAAGUAAAUCAAACCUUGAGCUCUCCAAAGUCUAAAGAUAAACAGAAGAUAGUUUUUAAUGUAAUUAAUACAAAUUUUAGAGAAUGUAGUGAGUUUGUAAUGUAAUAGUUGUUGUACAAGAAUCAUACCCCUGUUUCUUCUCAGACUGGGAAGAAUUAUUUCACCUCAUCACACUAAUAAUUGCUUCAAUCAAUUGAUGGUAUGUCAAAGAUGUAUUUUUUGGCAGUUGGUUUCAGAUUUGUUUGCUGGUGCUCUUAUCACUAACAAAUGUAGCAGAUGGCUGUGAUACUAGAAAGGAGAAUUCUUUUCUACGAUUUUGAAUGAGAAGUCCAAGAAAUAACCCUAGCGCAGAAAACAAAGCUUGGAACGAGUCUAUUUGCUGAAAGAAAUUUGUUAAUAAUUAUUUCUAUUCGUUUCAUUUUAUGUUGGCAGUAGAGAAGGAUUCAGAGUGGAAGAUUCUGAAAUCAUCAGACAUGGAAAUAAGGAGUAUCUUGAUACUAAUUAACACCUGGUUAUGUUAGUAUAACCAGACGCUGCCGGUCUUCAAAGGAAUUCUGUUAAGUUCUUAUGUAUUUCCCUUCAUAGAAAGAUUUAAAAUGUUUGCCAGUGCCAUAUAAGAAAAUCCAGUUUAAGCUAACAGCAGUACUGAGGGACAUAUUUUUCCAGUUUGUUUAUAAAAUACACACUUUUUCUAAGGAGGAACUCGGUGAUGACAGUUCAUUAGCAUUUUGCAGGUGUUUGCUUUUGUCUUUCAGAGGACUAGAAAUUCAUGUUUUUCAUAUAUGCGAUUUUAAUGAAAAUUGAUCCAGACUGCAAAAUUCAGAUACAUGGAAUGAGUUUAUUCAGGAGCCAUUCACAUCUCCUGAGUGCCAGCUGAUGGGAAUGUUUCAAUACUUUGAUAUGGGAGAUAGUCUCUUUGCUUUUCCUUCAUCAAUUUUAUCACCAUAAAGAAUUAAAGCAUUUUUUUUCUAUCAUAGAGUAUCUUUUUAGUGUUAUGUGUCCUGCCUUCCAUGUUAGCACCAGCCUAAUGUGGCAGACUGCAGUUAAAAAGGCACACUGUGCUAAGCAUUGUUUUCUGUGCUUUAGUAGUAUAUUUUAGUAUAUUUUCUGUGUGUUAGUAUGUGUGUAACUGCUAGGAUGCUUUGGUAUAAAAUCUUAAAAAUGCAAUUAAUCCUAUUGAUUUAUAGUUAUUGGAUGUAUGUAAAUAAUAGAUGGUGAUUGCUGACAUCUGUAAGGAGUGGAUUUGUUGAAGCAGUAAAUUCAGGCAGAAGAGAAAAGGUUUCUGUAUUGCUAAGAAGAGAUGCUUGUUUAUUCCUUGGCAGAUUUAAGAAAUGUCACAAUGCUAUAGUGUACUUUCUGUUAUUGUUAUAAGGUCUUUUAAAAGGUAAUAUACUUGUGUGGGUAUAUUUAAUGAUACCAUAGACUCUGUAUGAAGAAAAAUAGUAAUUUACAUGACUAAGUUUGCAAAUGUGGGUAAGAAUUGAGACAUUUUAGUGUGUUGUGUUUGACUGCAGUCUGGGAAACCUGAUUUACAGCUUUUUUGUUUCUGUAUAGAAUUUGGUUUUCAUAGAUCUUACUCAUUUGAAACAACUCAGUUUAUACAGUGUCUCACAGACUGGUCGUCAGUGGAUCUACGUAAUCCUAAGUUCACUGCAACGUACGCUAAUACUCAUCACUCCUUUGUUUGCAUUGGUUUAGACUGGGCAUUUGUUAAUAACUCUUUUUCUCUUGAGCACACUACCAGGUUCAGACUGUAGAAUUAAAUGUGUAGAAAUUCAGGUAUCUUCUUGCUGGUGCUGUGAGCUGAGUUUCUAAGCCUUCUGUUCCAGAAAAAUGCAACAGAAAAGGAAAGAACAAAUGUUUACAUUAAAAUUUGUGUAACCAUA